GACUGGCCCCGCUACCUGCCCGGCUCGGGAGGAGCCACUUCCCUCACCCCGGGAGGAUGGAGGUCCUGCAACUCCUGCGCUUGCUCCUCACCACCACCAUGCUGGGGCUCUCCCAAACGGUGAACCCCUUUGUGGCCCAGCAGACCCCCCCAGACCCUUGCUAUGAUGAGAAUGGAGCUCCUCGACGCUGCAUCCCUGAGUUUGUCAAUGCUGCCUUCGGGAAGGAAGUCCAAGCCUCUAGCACGUGCGGGAAGCCCCCAACACGGCACUGCAAUGCCUCAGACCCCCGCCGAGCCCACCCACCCGCCUACCUGACUGACCUCAACACCGCCUCCAACAUGACGUGUUGGCGUUCAGAGACCCUCCACCACUCCCCCCAGAAUGUCACACUCACCCUCUCCCUUGGCAAGAAGUUUGAGGUGGUCUACGUCAGCCUCCAGUUCUGCUCACCCCGUCCAGAGUCCACUGCCAUCCUCAAGUCCAUGGACUACGGCAAGACCUGGGUGCCCUACCAGUACUACUCCUCCCAGUGCCGUAAGAUCUAUGGCAAGCCCAGCAAAGCCACCGUCACCAAGCAGAACGAGCAGGAGGCCCUCUGCACCGACGGCCUUACCGACCUCUACCCUCUCACCGGCGGGCUCAUCGCUUUCAGCACCCUUGACGGGCGACCCUCUGCCCAGGACUUCGACAGCAGCCCUGUGCUGCAGGACUGGGUGACGGCCACCGACAUUCGCGUGGUCUUCAGCCGGCCGCACCUCCUCCGUGACCUGGGCGGCCGGGAUGGCGGUGAGGAGGAGGGGGGCACCGGCUCGACGCCCUAUUACUACGCGGUGGGGGAGCUGCAGGUGGGCGGGCGCUGCAAGUGCAAUGGGCACGCUGCGCGCUGCGUCAAGGACAAGGAGCAGAAGCUGGUCUGCGACUGCAAGCACAACACGGAGGGUCCCGAGUGCGACCGCUGCAAGCCCUUCCACUACGACCGGCCCUGGCAGCGGGCCAGCGCCCGCGAGGCCAACGAGUGCCUGGCCUGCAACUGCAACCUGCACGCCCGGCGCUGCCGCUUCAACAUGGAGCUGUACAAGCUGUCGGGGCGCAAGAGCGGCGGCGUCUGCCUCAACUGCCGCCACAACACCGCCGGGCGCCACUGCCACUACUGCAAGGAGGGCUUCUACCGCGACCUCAGCAAGGCCAUCACCGACCGCAAGGCCUGCAAAGCCUGUGACUGCCACCCUGUUGGAGCAGCUGGCAAGACCUGCAACCAGACGACAGGGCAGUGCCCGUGCAAGGACGGCGUCACAGGCCUCACCUGCAACCGCUGUGCCAAGGGCUACCAGCAGAGCCGCUCGCCAGUGGCCCCCUGCAUCAAGAUCCCUGCCAUCAACCCCACCUCUCUCAUCACCAGCACUGAGGCACCUGCAGACUGUGACUCCUACUGCAAGCCAGCUAAGGGCAACUACAAGAUUAACAUGAAGAAGUACUGCAAGAAGGACUAUGUGGUCCAGGUGAACAUCUUGGAAAUGGAGACCGUGGCCAACUGGGCCAAGUUCACCAUCAACAUCCUCUCUGUCUACAAGUGCCGCGACGAGCGGGUCAAGCGCGGCGACAACUUCUUGUGGAUCCACCUGAAAGACCUGUCCUGUAAGUGCCCCAAGAUCCAGAUCAGCAAGAAGUACUUGGUGAUGGGGAUCAGUGAAAACUCCACCGACCGGCCGGGACUGAUGGCCGACAAGAACAGCCUGGUCAUCCAGUGGAGGGACGCCUGGACGCGCCGCCUGCGGAAACUCCAGCGGCGGGAGAAGAAGGGCAAGUGUGUCAAGCCCUGAGGGGCUGCCACUCACCCUGUCCCACCCCCUGGCUGUGGCUGCCAGCCUGUGCCCAGAGACUCUGUACAUCCCUAGAGCGUGAAGGACCCUCUGUCUAUAGUGUAUAUUUUGGCACUGGUUCCCCGUCGCGGCGCACCUGCGCCUGGGGUCUUCUUCUCCGGGUGCCUCUUGGAAGCACCACAGUGAUGACAAACCUUUCAUGAGGAGCAAAGUGAAACGAGAGCUGCUGGCUGCCUGCCUCCUGAAGGAGCUUAGAGGAGAUUGCCCUGCUCUGGCCUUACAGGCUUUUCCCUUUGUCAGUCUUCUGCCUGGUAUGAAACAGGCUCCCCAGAGAGGCUGUGGAUCCUCCUUCUCUGGAGACUUUCAGGGCCUGUCUGGAUGUGUUCCUCUGUGACCUGAGCUGGAUUGCAUGGUCCUGCUCCAGCAGACGGGUUGGACUCGAUGAUCUCUUUGGGUCCCUUCCAGCCCCUGACAUCCUGUGAUCCUCUGAUCCUCUGAUGUCUGAGCUUCUGCAGCGUCCUGGGCUUGCCUCUUCCUCGCUCGAAAUGUGCUGCUGUCAGACCUCACCCAGGAACAGCAAGGCAGAGCCUUCUGGCCUUCACCCUGCUGUGUGUGGAGGCAGGCUGAAUGGAAACCAUCCGGUGCUGCAGAAGGAGCAGGAGCUCCACCAGGAAGAACAAAAGGACUUUCUGCAAAGCCUGUUUCUCUGGUGACCUCAGGUUUACCUGGACCAGUGCUGCUGCUGGGGGCAGGACCCGCGUGAUGCUGCAGUGCUGUGGAGAGCAGCCAGGCCCUGGCAGUGGGUUGGUGGAUGUUUCCAGGAGAGCUGUGUCCACCAGGACUUCACAACUCCCUGGACCUUAACUCUCCUGGUGCGUAGUCCAAAUGACCCAGCAGGAAAGACCUGGAGAAGACAAUUUUCCCCUCCCACAUCCAGCAAGGCUGUAGCCUGCCCUGCCAGCCAGAGCCACCAGGUAUCAUCAUCCACCCACUCAGAUCUCUACCCCUAUAAUCUCAGCUGGUGCAAACUGACCCCAUUCCACCUGUUUCUGUCGAGCUGCCACCAAGUGACCGCCUAUGCUCUCUUGGUGUGCACCCCUCAGAGCUGGCCUGACUCUGCUCUCCUGGGAAGCAGUGCUGUGGCCAGGCUUGUCCAAGGAGAUGCACAAGGCAGAGGUGGCAGGAAGAGAGAAGAGCUUUUGCUGAUCCACCUCCAGUCUUUUCUUUCUUCUUGGUCUCCACGUUCCAACAGACAUCAGUAUCUUCCCAUCCUGAGGUUGUGAUGGUCUUGGCAUAAUAAAUAUGAAUAGAAACCCCUGGA